GGCGGGUGCAGCGCCGCGGCCGCCGCUGACAGCGCCGCGCUCGCAGCUCCCUGCCCGCAGCUCCAGCCGCUCCUGCCAGCAUUCUCCCAGGUCCGGCCCCCUCGUCCGCCUCGCAUUUGGGAUUAACUCGCCUAUGGAGAGAUGGUCUUAGCUGAAUUAUUUAAAGACCCUUAAGCACAGAUUUCCCCCAGUAGUCAGACUGCUGUCUCAAUGGAGCCCCGGAUUCCYCACAACAUCACCGUGGUCCCCAACUCGGCCAUGGUGCAGCCCUUGCUGGACAGUCGGAUCCCCUACGGGCGGCUGCAGCACCCGCUCACCAUCCUGCCCAUCGACCAGAUGAAGACCACGCACAUGGAGAACGACUACACCGACAACCCCAGCGCCGCCCAGCCGCCAGCCCAGAAACGCCCCCGAGCCCCGCACGAAGCGGGCAGCACCGGCCAGCACCCGCAGCGCUGCGAGCAGGACGUCACCCACCCCUGGAUCUCCUUCAGCGGGCGCCCCAGCUCCAUCAGCAGCAGCAGCAGCACCUCGUCAGACCAAAGGCUCCUGGACCACAUGGCCCCGGUGCCCGUGGCCGAGCAAUCGUCCCCCCGCGCCGUCCGCAUCCAGCCCAAGGCCAUCAACUGCAAACCCCUGGAGCUGAAGGGCCCCRCUGGAGGGUCCCAGGAGCUGGACAAGCACUUCCUGCUGUGCGAGGCCUGUGGCAAAUGCAAGUGCAAGGAGUGCGCCCUGCCCAGGACUCUGCCCUCGUGCUGGGUGUGCAACCAGGAGUGUCUGUGCUCGGCGCAGAACCUGGUCAACUACUCCACCUGCAUGUGCCUGGUCAAGGGCGUCUUCUACCACUGCACCAACGAGGACGACGAGGGCACGUGCGCCGACCACCCCUGCUCCUGCUCCCAGUCCAACUGCUGCGCCCGCUGGUCCUUCAUGGGCGCCCUGUCCCUGGUGCUGCCCUGCCUGCUCUGCUACCUGCCCGCCACCGGCUGCGUCAAGCUGUCCCAGCGAUGCUACGACCGAGUGAGCCGGCCCGGCUGCAGGUGCAAAAACACAAACAGUGUCAUUUGCAAGGCGUUGCCYGAGAGCAAAGGGCCAGAAAAGCCCUUUUAGUAGUUUGGGAGCGGGAGGGUGCUCCGCGGAGCUGGGUGGUGGCGGCUCUUUUUAAUAACCUGUGUUCUGAGGAGAGCGUUCGUCUCUUGCCUUCGGAGAAAGCAGAAGCAACUAUUUCCACAAACUGAAGCACUUUGGGUUAUUCAGGGUUUUUGGAACUGGUCGCAAUUUAAAUAGAURGGGCCAAAGGAGGAAUGUUAAUAAUGCAGAGUGAAGGCUGCAAACCGAUGUACAUCAUGAAGUACAGCUGCUGAAAAGCUCCCGGCUUGGACGGACAGACGGCUGCUCACCAGGCCUGCACACCACAGGAACCAUUAACUGCUCGCUUGGCAGCCACAGCCUCACAACCAAUCCCCAUUCCCAGCUGCAAAAAGCUGCUUUGAAUUCGCAUUUGGGGCGGGCUGCUUGUUUCCUCUCUCCUUCCAAACCCCGACUCGCUCCUAGCAGCCUGUUGAAGGUGACGGGGGAGCUCCCUGCACCCUCCUUCCCUCCUGCACACCACUGCAAGGGCUGGUUGCACACCAAGUACRUGUUUCUCAAAAGCUUUCUGUGYCCCUCAAAGAUUUCUGAACCAGAMGCRAAGCUACAUUUCCUUUGU